CCAAUUCAAUUCAAUUCAAUUCAAUUCAAUUCAUUUUUUCUCAACCUGUUUGACCCUGUCUGGACUCUGUUCCUCCAAUUACUCCCUAUCGGAUCUUCGGAGUUGAUCUUGACCGUCCCUGCUUCCGGUUUUAUCAUGGAAAGCGACGGAUCAAGCUGCCUGCCACUCCCCCCAGAUGUGGAGAAUCGGAUCAUCUCCGACCUUCUGAAGGAAUCCGAGUCUAAUUUGAAAGAAGGCAAUCUCCACUAUGUUGUUUCUAAUCGGUGGUUUAGAAGAUGGCAAUUAUAUGUCGGACAGCCUACUGAAGAAUUUUCUAGCAAAGAUCAUUCCUCUGAUUCCCAACACUUGAAUGUGUCUCCGUUCAACGUUCUAAGACCCGGUCCUAUUGAUAAUUCAGAUAUAAUCAAUAACGGAGGUGAUUCUGAGAAAAACGAGUUGGAGAUGGAAAGAUUUUUGGUGGAACGACGGGAUUAUGUUUUGGUGCCCGGUGAAGUUUGGGAGAAACUUUAUGAUUGGUAUAAAGGAGGGCCACCGUUACCAAGAAAGUUGAUAUCCCAAGGUGUCACUCAAAAAAAAAUUUAUGUGGAGGUUUAUCUACUUUGUCUAAAAUUGAUUGAUUCCAGGGAUGGAAGUGAAUCUACCAUACGAUUGAGCAAGAAGGCCACCAUAUCUGAUCUUCGUGAGAAGGUGUUUGCACUUAAAGGAGUAGAGCAAAAAGAGGCGUGUAUAUGGGACUACUUCAACAAAUGGAAACAAUCAGUAUUGGAUGGGACGAGCCAAACCCUUGAAGAACUAAACUUGCAGAUGGAUCAACAUAUCCUCCUUGAAGUUGAUGGAAUUACUCCUCAGACCGGUAUGGAUGCCACUCAAAACGAGCUAGCUUUGGUAGCCCUUGAACCUUCAUGGUCACCAUUGUCAAUUGCAGGGGGUGCAGUGAUGUCAAAUGGACAUUCAUCCAGUUAUGGUAAUCAGGGAAGUUCUUUAAGCACAUCAGUUUCUGACAUGGAUGAUAGAAAUGACAUUAGUAGUACUGCAAAGAACAGAAAGAGGGGUGGUUUGACAGGGUUGCAGAAUUUAGGAAAUACAUGUUUCAUGAAUAGUGCCCUUCAAUGCUUAGUUCAUACGCCACCUUUUGUAGAAUAUUUUUUACAAGAUUAUUCUGAAGAGAUCAACUCCGACAAUCCUUUGGGAAUGCACGGAGUGUUUGCCCUUGCUUUUGGUGAAUUGUUGAGGGAAUUAUGGUUGCCAGGACAAAGCUCAAUUGCACCACGUGCAUUUAAGGGAAAGUUAGCUCGUUUUGCUCCCCAGUUCAGUGGUUAUAACCAGCACGAUUCCCAAGAACUUCUUGCAUUCUUACUGGAUGGUCUGCAUGAAGAUUUGAAUCGUGUUAAGAGGAAACCUUAUUUUGAAACAAAGGAUUCUGAUGGUCGUCCAGAUGUAGAAGUUGCGGACGAGUGUUGGAGAUACCAUAAAGCUCGAAAUGAUUCUAUAAUUGUGGAUGUUUGUCAAGGUCAAUAUAAGUCAACAUUGGUUUGUCCAGUUUGUAGAAAGAUCUCCAUUACUUUUGAUCCAUUUAUGUAUUUGUCAUUGCCGCUACCUUCAACUGUCACCCGCAGUGUGACAGUGAGUGUGUUCUAUGGUGACGGUAGUGGUCUUCCAAUGCCAUACACUGUGACAGUACAAAGACAUGAUUGCACCAAGGAUCUCACCCUUGCAUUGGCUACAGCGUGCUGCUUGAAGAGUGAUGAAGAUCUUCUGCUUGUAGAGGUUUAUGAUCACAAGAUUUACCGAUAUUUUGAUAACCCUCUUGAAUUUUUGGCCUCAAUUAAAGAUGAAGAGUAUCUAGUUGCCUUUCGCCUUCCAAAAAGGGAAUCUGGAAGACCAAAGCUAGAGAUCAUUCACAGAUCGCUGGAAAAAUACUCAACAGACCAUUCGAAGGGCUUGGAGAGAAAGCUUUUCGGAACUCCUUUAGUCACAUAUUUGGGAGAAGAGUUCCAUAGUGGAGCUGGCAUAAAUGCAGCUGUGUCUAAGAUCCUCUUUCCCUUGAGAAGAACAUACUCUUCAACUGUAUCUCAUAGUCAGUCUGUUUCUAGGAGCCAGUCAAUGGACAAUGAAGUAGAGGAGACAUCUGAAAAAGAGUUAUUCUUUCAACUUCUUUUAACCGAUGAUAGGGGUGUGAGCUGCAAGCCAAUUGGCAAGGAUUCUGCUAUAAAACAUGGUCCACUUAUAAAGGUUUUCUUGGAUUGGACCGACAGAGAACGUAAACUAUAUGACGUGGGCUACAUCGAGGAUCUUCCUCCUGUUCACCAGACAAGGUUCAUGAAGAAAACACGGCAGGAAGCAACCUCUUUAUUUUCAUGCUUGGAAGCAUUCCUGACUGAAGAACCUUUAGGUCCUGAUGAUAUGUGGUACUGCCCUGUGUGCAAAGAACAUGGACAGGCUACAAAGAAGUUAGACUUGUGGAAGUUGCCAGAGAUUAUUGUGUUUCACUUGAAACGUUUUUCAUACCGCAGAUACCUUAAAAGAAAACUUGAUACCUUUGUUGAUUUCCCUAUUCACAAUCUUGACUUGAGCAAAUAUGUGAAGAGCAAUGAUGGAAAAUCUUACUUAUACAACCUAUAUGCCAUUAGCAACCAUAAUGGAGGUCUUGGCCGAGGGCACUACACUGCAUAUUCAAAGUUAAUCAAUGAGAAGAGGUGGUACCACUUCGAUGACAGUCAGGUUUCCCCGGUCGACGAAGAAGAGAUCAAGACAUCGGCUGCUUAUUUGCUGUUCUAUCAAAGAGUUGAAAAAUGAAUUGGAAAAAAGCAUCACAAGCCCUCCACCAGAAAUGGAUAUUAUGACUCUGGAUUGUGCUGUUUCAGCUGCGUUCCGGCUGCUACAAGGGGUUCAAGCAUUAAUGAAGGCCAAUCAAAGGGAGAAAUAGAAUAGUUCAAACGAGGAAUUCUACAGUUUGGAGGUACAUAAAAGCGUCCUACAGUUUAGAGGUACAUAGAAGCGUAUAUUCAUUAACUCCUUGAGAUAAAUUUUGUUGUGAUUAGGCAGGUCGUGUAGAUUUGUAGCAAAUCUGCCUCUAAUGGCAAUGUGGUGGCUGCCAUUCAUUUGUUUGUUAGCUGUUACCAUGGUGGCUGCUCAACGUUUACUGUUGUUACUGAUUAACCCAAGGAAAUUUUUAGUGUAAUGCAAAAAUUAGGCUAACCCUUUC